UCCAUAGACAAACCUGCUCACAAUGCAAUUACUUGCUCUGUUAUCCAAUCCCUUAUUCCAUAACAAAACCACACCAAUGCUUUCACCAACUUCACCAUAACCUCAACAACACCAAUUCUCUCUCUCUCUCUCUCUCUCUCUCUCUCUCUCUCUCUCUCUCUCUCUCUCUCUCUCUCUCUCUCUCUCUCUCUCUCUCUCUCAUUUUACAUGCCAUGUCAUCAUUAUUCUUUUCUUUUCUUUUCUACUUAAAAAACUGAAAAAGAGAAUUUCAGUGUAACAAAACAAACCAACAACACUUCAUUCUUUCCUCAAAAUGGAAAACACCACCAAUUCUCCACCAAACAACUCUUCCUCACACAACCUUCUCAUAACAAUAACGGUUUUCACCGUUACCGUCACCGUUUUCCUUAUUCUCUACCUUAUACUCCGUUACCGUUGCAAUUGCCUCCGUCGCCGUUCCUCUCCGUCAUCCUCCACAGUUUUCUCCUCCUCCUCCUCGGGAAAUAGAAUUUCGCCGGAGACGGAGACAACUUCGUCUUCUAUAGUUGAUUCUCUCCCGUUGUUCACAUUCUCUUCCAUCACACGCCGUUCUUCCUCCGUCGUCUCCCUCGAUUGCGCCGUUUGUUUGUCCAAGUUUGAACAAACCGAUCUCCUCCGUCUCCUCCCUCUCUGCUGUCACGCGUUCCACACCGAAUGUAUCGAUGCUUGGCUUCGUUCGAAUCUUACGUGUCCACUUUGCCGAUCAGCCGUCGUUGUUUCAGAGUCCGAGCUUAUGAAGAUUUUCCGGCCGUCUUCUGCUUCUUCCGGAAACAGCUUCCGUUUGGAGAUAGGAAACGUCAGUAACCGUCGUGGAGACGGAACCGCCGCGUCUAACAAUGUCAGUGGAGAAACUGAUCGGAGAUUGUACUCCGUCGGUGCGUUCGAGUAUUUCGUUGACGAGGAAGCGGAGAUUCCGUUUGGUCACACUAAUCGGAGAAUUGUUUCCGGUGAGAAAGAUGAUUCUCCGGCGUCGGAGGUUCCGGUGGUUUCUCAGGCGAGUUUGGUCGGUGAAGGUAGUUGGUUGAAGGAUUAUGUUGAUAAUCUAUCGAAUUUGGUUUCAUUUGGAGGUUCUGGAAGGUUCUUCACUGGGAGCAGUAGACGAAACGACGUCGUUGGUGUUGAUUAUGAAGUUCAAGCUAAUCAUGGUUUUGGGGAAGAAAUUACGGAAAUGUUUAGAUGGAUUUCAGGAGUUUGAUUAUGUAAUUAAGUACUAAUACUAAUGUAAUUAGGUAAGUAAACAAAAUAGUUAGUGAGUGAGACAGAGACUUUCAAUUUUCUGGAAAAUAUUUUCAUUUUGUGAUUAUUAUUAGUUAGUACAUGUUUGUUCACAAAUGUGUGAAGGUUAGCACAUACUAGUCUCACAAAUCAAAAGUUUAGCACAUAGAUUCUGAAACAAACAUUGUAGAAGUUUCAAAAAAAUUUCAACCUUGGUUGAUUCAGAGUAUUUUGAUUA